UUCACGUAAUUUACUAUACACAAAGCAAAACAAUACAAAUGAAGUCAUCACUUCAUGAGUCUAGUUCCGGACACAUAUCAGAGUACUCCUACAACUCAAGCUCAUCAUCAUCAUCAUCAUCAUCAUCAUCGAAAACAAGUUGCUACGAAGAAAUCUUGUUAGCGUCGGAGCAACCAAAGAGGCGAGCUGGGAGACGAAAAUUCAAGGAGACAAGGCAUCCAGUAUACAGAGGAGUACGAAGGAGGAACAACAACAAGUGGGUUUGCGAGGUGCGUGUUCCGAACGACAAGUCCACGAGGAUCUGGUUAGGAACAUAUCCAACGCCUGAGAUGGCGGCACGUGCACACGACGUUGCUGCGCUGGCACUUCGUGGGAAAUCAGCUUGUCUCAACUUUGCUGACUCGGCUUGGCGGUUGCCAUUGCCGGUGUCGACUAACGCGGAGGAGAUUCGGAAAAUGGCGGCGGAGGCUGCUUUGGCAUUUGCGGUUGAGGACAGUAAUGAACAAGUUAUAACUAGUGAUUCUGAUGUUUGCAACAGCGGUAUUAAUAGCGUUGGUGCUAUGGAAGAUUGUGAUAAAAGUUUGAAGGGAUUGUGUGUGGAAGUUCCGGGUGAUUCCAUAUUUGAGGAGCAGGAAGUGUUGCAUGAUUGGUUCCAGAGUAUGGCAGAUGAGCCUUUACGAUCUCCGACGAGUCCAUUUAUGAUAUAUGGUAGGGAUCAUUGGCAUAAUAUUGAUCAAGUUGAAGUUGAGGUGUCUUUGUGGAACUUUACCAUCUAAUCUAAAUGUGCAUCCAGUUUAGGCUUUAGAAACUCUCAUUAGUUAGUGAGUAUAUAAAAUGUAUGUGUGUCUUUGAGUACUUAGUUACGAGUUUUGGAUUAUAUAGUACCAUAAAUCGGCUUUACCAAUUCCCAUUUUAUUGUAAUUGUUGUAUCACAUAAUACAAUAUACAUGAUUAUGAAAAGUAGUU